AUGUUUACUUCUCUGGGAAAGAAAGCCAAAGAAAUCCAGGGGAAGAUGCUCUGCAGAGGGCACUUUUUAAUUUGGCAGAAUCGACAAGAACAUGCUCAAGACUGGCUUGAGAUCACGUUGCUCUGGCUUUUCUUCAUUGUCCUGAGGUACGUGACAGUGAAGUUGGCAGGAGAGAGUGGCGAGAGUAAAGUGCAGACUCCUGCUGCCCUUCAGGCCCGCUCAUUUGGCUCUCUCGGAAGGCAAAAGGAAAAGACAUCCUCUGAAGAAGACUAUAUGUUCCAUACAUUAACCCGGCUCGAGAUGGAUCUUGUGAAAGUGUGCGAAAUCUGA